AUGAUCGCGAAAUUCCACUCUGCCCCUGGGCACUCUAUGGAGACGACACUCACGAUCAACAUCCCGCCCCCGGGACAUGUUCGCAGCCGUAGUGGACGGCUGAAGGCGAAGGAGGUAGAGGAGGUCAGAGUGGCGAAGGAGAAAGCGGAGAAGGAGGAGCAGGAGAGGGAAAAGUAUGAGAGGGAGAAGUAUGAGCGCGAGCAGGAGCUUCUGAUGAAGGAGCAACUGGAGAGAGAGCAUCAUGAACGCGAACGGCGGCACGGAGACCGUAAUGUGUCCUACAAGGAUAAGUUUCACAAAAUGCGCGAAAAGUACGAUAGAGUAACUCUGACCCAUGAAACCCACGAACGCGAACUAGAGAUGCUUAACGCCAAAAUCAAGAAGAUGCAGGCCGAAAACGACCUUCUCCUGGACGCCAUCUACCUCGCAGAUGCCAGCCUCUACUAUCGCUACUUUCCAGAAUCCGACUCGCCCCCAUUUGGCUCUGCUCCGCUACCGCCGUCUACAGGACGGUCCGACGUACACUACCAUGGCCAAGCACCCAUGUCCCACCUCACAGCACCGCCUCCAAUGAUGGUCCCGAGCUCGUCGUCUGCGUCGUCUUCGGACCCCUAUGUGCAUUCAGGGUUGAAUCCAGCGUAUAUGCCGCAGCAACCUCAUGUAGAACCUUCACCUGGUCACCGGACUCAACACCAGCAGAUGUCGCAGCCGCCUACACCAUAUGCUACCUAUGGUCAUUACCCACCAGCAGUUUAUAGCCAUUCGCCUUCGCCGUUCUAUACACAAGUGCCAGGAUAUUAUCCUCCUGGGAUGUCAGCUUCCACCUCAGCUUCAGGGGAAAGAGAUCGGGACAGGGAUAGGGACAGAGAUAGAGGCAGAGGCAGAGAUCGCGAGCGUGGCGAACGAAUUGAUAGGCACUCCAGGGAAAGAGAACGAGACAGAGCCCCAGCGACUGCUUCAAAUCAUCCACCUAUGCCGCCACCGUUGCCACCCUUGCAAUCGUCCAUGGCUGCCCCGCCGAUGUCUCCUCAUGCUGCCGGUGGCCUAACCCCAACUCACACCGCGAAUAACGGUUCAAUGCUACCCCCACCGCCCACUUCCGCUGCCAGCACGAGCUCGAAUGGUACCAUUGUUCCUAGGUCUUCGCGAUCGAGAAGACGGAGUGACGUCUCGAGCAACAAUGGCCACGGCGGCUACAUUGUUACGAGUCCCCGUCAUACCAGGCGCGGAUCUGGGACGACUGCUGGUGUGCCCCUCGCUCCUGAGGAGAUGGAUUUGAGCCUUGGUGGGCCCGUUGUGCUCGACGUCGUGUCCCCUGGCAUGCCCAGCAGGACUAGGCGGAGCAGUCGAACAAGUGCAAGGGACCGAGACGAGGAGCUGCGAGGAAUGGAUGUCGAUCCAGAAGAGGGUUUUGAGACGACGCGGACGAGCAGGAAUGGGAGCCGGACGCCUACGACGCGUGGUGCGAGCAUGAACGGUGUAGACGUCAGUGCAUCCAUGCGAACGCCGACCCCGUUUGCUACGACCCCGAACGGGAACGGACGAGGCGUGCCUGUUCAAGAGGAGACACGGGCACAUGAGGAGUUGCAGGUAGAGGUUCGCUCGUCACAAAAUCGGGAGCUGCACACGCCUGCACCAGCGCCUGUGGUAUCACCGCCUUCCGAGGUGGAGGACGGCGCGGACGGAGGUGGCGAGGGUGGGCGACAGGCCGAGGACAUUGUCAUGCGCGCUGAGGUGAAUGGGCUGGUGCCAGGAUCAGCGUCUGACUCCCCGCGCGCGGCCGGCGAGGAACAGGGCGAGAGGAUGGACGUGGACAGCGAUGCGGGGUCCGCCCCGGCGAGUUGA